AUGAGCAGUGGUACAGCAGGGGCUCCGGUACUUUCUAAUAAUUCUGCAAGUUCUGAAGGGAAGGUGAAAUCUGGUAAUGCUUCCGGUGAUGAGUAUCUUUCACAAGAGGAGGAAGUUUUUGAUGGUAACGAUAUUGAGAACAAUGAAACCAAAGUGUAUGAAGAAUCUUUAGACUUGGAUUUAGAACGUAGCAAUAGACAAGUCUGGUUAGUUAGACUCCCAAUGUUUCUAGCAGAGAAAUGGAGGGAUAGAAAUAACUUGCAUGGUCAAGAAUUGGGCAAGAUUAGAAUAAACAAGGAUGGUAGUAAAAUCACGCUUCUUUUGAAUGAAAAUGAUAACGAUUCUAUACCGCACGAAUAUGACUUAGAGCUUACAAAAAAAGUGGUAGAAAACGAAUACGUUUUCACUGAGCAAAAUUUAAAGAAAUACCAGCAACGUAAAAAAGAGUUGGAAGCUGAUCCUGAAAAGCAAAGGCAAGCUUACUUAAAAAAACAAGAACGUGAGGAAGAACUCAAAAAGAAGCAGCAGCAGCAAAAACGUAGAAACAAUCGAAAGAAAUUUAAUCACAGAGUCAUGACAGAUAGGGACGGUAGAGAUAGAUACAUUCCGUAUGUUAAAACUAUUCCAAAAAAAACCGCCAUUGUAGGUACCGUGUGUCACGAAUGUCAGGUUAUGCCAUCAAUGAAUGACCCUAAUUACCACAAAAUUGUUGAGCAGAGAAGAAACAUCGUCAAACUCAAUAAUAAAGAAAGAAUUACAACUUUGGAUGAAACCGUUGGUGUGACGAUGAGCCACACGGGUAUGUCUAUGAGAUCAGACAACUCCAAUUUCUUGAAGGUAGGACGCGAGAAAGCCAAGAGUAAUAUCAAAUCUAUUCGUAUGCCAAAGAAGGAAAUUUUGGACUAUCUGUUCAAAUUGUUUGAUGAGUAUGACUACUGGUCUUUGAAGGGACUAAAAGAACGUACUAGGCAACCUGAAGCUCAUUUAAAGGAAUGUUUAGACAAAGUCGCCACUCUUGUAAAGAAGGGCCCAUAUGCAUUCAAGUAUACUCUAAGACCAGAGUAUAAAAAGUUAAAAGAAGAGGAAAGAAAGGCAACUUUAGGUGAGCUGGCUGAUGAGCAGACAGGAUCCGCUGGAGAAAACACACAAGGAGAUGUCGAAGCUGAUUUGGAAGAUGAGAUAGAAAUGGAAGAUAUCGUUUAG